GAUCAACUGGAUGGUAUCACGGGGGGGCUGAAAUACUCCCACGACCUUUUAAAAAUGCUCCACGUCUUCUUCAUCACAGUAACGUGGUGGAACGCGAUCGAGCUGAUGGUGCUAGUGCUGUCGACUUUCCGACGGCGGAAGGGGCUGUAUUUCUGGAGCCUGGUUCUGACGAACUGUCUGGGGGUGGUGCCGUUCUCGCUGGGGUUCCUGAUCCAAUUCUUCACGAAGGUCAAUGUUGCCGUGUGCACGGCUAUCGUGUGCGUCGGAUGGGUGUUCAUGGUGACGGGUCAGUCGAUGGUGUUGUACUCGCGGUUGCAUCUUGUGCUGCGCGACAAGGUCGUGCUGCGCCUGGUGCUGUACAUGAUUGCCGUGAAUUUCUUCCUGCUACACGUCCCGGAUAUUGUGGUUUCGUGGGUGGGUACCUUCACUGAGACUUCCAAGUUUAUACGCGCUUUUAACGUCAUGGACAAGAUCCAGAUCGUGGGGUUCACGGUGCAGGAGUUUAUCAUCUCUGCGCUGUAUAUUUGGGAGGCUAUUAAGCUGUUGCGGCUGAGGCCUGAUCGCCAGGACCGGAGGAUCAUGUACUAUCUUGUUGGUAUCAAUGCCGCGAUGCUCGUCAUGGAUUUGAUCCUAGUGAGCGUCCAGUUUGCGAAUUAUUUUGCUAUCCAGUCCACCCUUCAGGGGAUGUUCUAUAGCAUCAAGCUGAAGCUUGAGUUUGCUGUGCUGGGAAAGCUGGUCGAUGUCAUUAACCAUGGGUGUAGCAGGAAUGGGUCGCUGGGGUACGCCAUGCAGCUCUCGUCGUUGGAUCGUAUCGAUGAGCAGCCGGGCGUAACAGCCACAGCGUCAUCAGCUAUGUCGAGUGAUCCGAAUGUUGAUGACAGAAGACAAGGGAUUAUGUUGUCGGAGGGUAAUAUUUUCGUGACCAAGGAGUUUUCGGCUUGGGUGGAGCGGCGGCAUCAU